GCCUCCACCACAAACAAAACCAGCGGCCAGCAUAGAUAGAUAGAUAGAGGGGGACCUAAUCACAUAACCAUGCGCGUGUUAAACUCACUGUCAUACUGUCUACGACACAACGCAGCCAGAGCUCCCUGUCAAUGGCUUCUCUUCUUCCGUGGCUGCCAUGGCUCGUCGUCCCCCUCCUCCUUUGCGUCUACCUACUAGACCUCCUCGCCCAGGCACGCCGUCGCGGCCUUCCUCCAGGCCCCCGCCCGCUGCCGCUCAUCGGCAGCCUCCACCUGCUCGGCGACCAGCCGCACCGCUCCCUCGCCCGCCUCGCCAGGACCCACGGCCCGCUCAUGUCGCUGCGCCUGGGCGCGGUCACCACGGUGGUCGUCUCCUCCCCGGACGCCGCCCGGGAGUUCCUGCAGAAGCACGACGCCGUCUUCGCCACCCGGGCCGUGCAGGACGCGGUCGGCGCCCACGCCAGGAGCUCCGUCGCCUGGCUGCCCCACGCGCCGCGGUGGCGGUCGCUCCGCAGGAUCAUGGCCGCGGAGCUGUUCGCUCCGCACCGGCUCGACGCGCUCCAGCGCCUCCGGGUCCAGAAGGUGCGGGAGCUGACGGCGCACGUGGCCCGCCUGGCGCGCGACGGCGAGGCCGUGGACGUCGGCCGCGUGGCGUUCACGACCAGCCUGAACCUGCUGUCGCGGACCGUGUUCUCGACGGACCUGACGAGCCUCGACGACCACGGAGUGUCCAAGGGGUUCCAGGUGCUGGUGGCGGAGAUCAUGGAGGCGGCCGGCACGCCGAACGUGUCGGACUUCUUCCCCGCGCUCGCGGCGGUCGACCUGCAGGGCCUGCGCCGGGAGAUGGCGCGGCUGUUGGCGCGGCUGCACCAGGUGUUCGACAGGGAGGUGGACCAGAGGCUGAGCCGCCGCGCGCGCGACGCCGCCGGCGAGACAAGGAAGAAGGACGAUGGCGACGGCGGCGACUUCCUCGACGUGCUGCUGGAUGUCGCGGAGCGUGACGACGGCCAGGCGGCGCUGCUAGACCGCGACACGCUGCGGUCGGUGUUCACGGACCUGUUUGCCGCGGGCAGUGACACAACCUCCAGCACUAUAGAAUGGGCAAUGGCUGAGCUUCUUCAAAACCCAUCGUCAAUGGCCAAAGCACACGACGAGCUUGCAAGGGUCAUCAGCUCAGGGAGAGACAUUGAAGAACACGACAUCGAUCGUCUGCCCUACCUCCAAGCCGUGAUCAAAGAAACCUUUCGGCUACACCCUCCUGCUCCAUUGCUGCUACCGCGCCAAGCUCAAGCGACCAUAAGAAUUGCGGGCUACGUGAUCCUCAAAGACGCACGCGUGCUGGUGAACGUGUGGGCGAUGGGACGGGACGAGGCUAUCUGGCCUGAGCCCGACAAGUUCAUGCCGGAGAGGUUUCUUGGGAGGGCUGUGGACUAUAGAGGCCGAGACUUUGAGCUGAUCCCGUUCGGCGCCGGGCGCCGGAUGUGCCCAGGGAUGCCGCUGGCGAUCAGGAUGGUGCAUCUUGUUGUUGGGUCGUUGUUGCAUCGGUUCGAGUGGAGGCUCCCGGUGGAGGUGGAGAGAAGUGGGAUUGAUAUGUGUGAGAAGUUCGGGGUGACACUCACGAAGUCUGUGCCUCUCCGUGCUAUUGCUACACCAAUGUUAGUGGAUGACAUGGGUCGUUGACGAUGACAAUUGGUGCGGUUCUUCUUGUGCAAAAUCUAGCAAACACUAUUGGAUCGGAUAACGAAUACGCGUGCAUAGCUUUGUGUAUUUAGGAUCUUACUAGCUUUAUGUGUGGAUCAUGCCAUAUCAUGGUCGUGCAUUAGUAUACACUAAUAAGCGUGCACGUGCAACGCACAUCUUCAUAAGUGUAUAUGCGAAGAGAAAUAAAGAAUUUGUUAUAA